AUGUUCGUCAACAGGCGUAAUACCCAGAAACCCGACGAGGAGUUGUACGCGUCCUUUCGACAGAACUUUCCCAACGUGGGGCCUGGAACUUCCUCAGCUGUUCCGCCUUCAAUCGAAGCGCCUACUCGCCGAUCGUCGGUUUUAAGCGAGGCCAUUGUAGAUGACCCUGUCGACUCCCAACGGUAUGUCUUGGAUCACAUUACUUCAACCCAUCCGUCUUCCCUCUCUGCUGCUAGUCUUGUAUGGCACUCACCAAGAGCCAUGUCGUCUACCCAAGCAGAUGUUGCCGGCCCAGAGCCUGCUGCUUAUCAGAAUGCUGACUACUUCACCAGGCCUUUUGGUGCGCAAGCAGAGGUCAAGGACCAAGAUGCGACACCCAGACCAUUUGCCGACGGCUGGAGAUUUACACCUUCACUCAUGGAUCCCAACUCAUUCGCUUUCUCGGCCUUUGCCAACCAACCGCCUGGUUACUACACGCCCACUCCAGGUGGAUUCGGCACGUUAUAUCACCCUCAGGCAGGAGACCUCCAUACGCCUGGGAUGGGCAUGAAUACGCCUCUAUCAUUGCCUCACUCCAUACACGGCAUGCACGCUCAUGACUCCCUCGCGCAAUUCCAGCAUUUCGCUCCUCAAUUUUUACACCAGCCACACCCUUUUCAGGACCAUUUCAAUCAACAUCAACAGCACCAUCAAAUUCAGCACCAGCAGGCUCAAACGUUUGCCCCUCAAACCUUUCUCCAGCAUCAAGACUCUGGCUAUGUCGAAAUGCACGAUUCUCCCCAUAAAACCACCCCAACUCAUGUCGAUAUGGGCAUGGUACCAUCCUCAAUGGGCCAGAGUGUCCAGCCUUCCAGCACCGGGGCCAUUGGUCUGCAGAACCCGCUUUUGGGAGAGAAGUACGUUCUCCCUGAUUUUGCGCGACCCGCCGUGACUGACUAUAGCAACAGAUUCCGUUUUCAUACGACAUUGAAUGCGCCCACCGCCAUGACACGGCAUUCGGAUGAGAUUCCGAUCACUUAUUUGAACAAAGGUCAAGCCUAUACGAUGUCAAUAUUUGACACUAACCCUCCCGUGCCUCAAUCCAAUGCGCCUCUGAAAUAUCGUACCUAUGUCCGUGUGUCAUUCGAAGACGAACAACAAAGAGCGCGACCAGGUGCUUGUUGGCAGCUCUGGAAAGAGGGUCGUGGAUCGAACGAAGCACAUCAACGAGGUGGAAGACUACUUGCUGUCGAGUACGUUGAUCCAAACCAGGGAGGAGACGAUGAACUUCGAAAGUCCCAGAUUCAACUCGAAAAGGCUUCUUUUGAUGGAUUUGCGGUGACCUGGUACCCAAACUCGGUCAAUGCGGGUCCUGACUGCUCUAUUUCCAUUCGAUUCAACUUCCUUUCCACAGACUUCAGCCACUCUAAGGGAGUCAAGGGUAUUCCAGUUCGAUUAUGCGCCAAGACGGAACUUGUGACUGUCGACAACAUGUCUUCCAAUGAACCAGAGGUUUGUUUCUCAAAGGUCAAGCUGUUCAGAGACCAUGGAGCAGAACGCAAACUCUCGAAUGACGUGGCUCAUGUCAAGAAAACAAUUGAAAAACUCAAGCAGCAGAUUGCACAAGCCGAAGCAGGACUUGGGAAUUCCGGCAAGAGGAGGAGAAGUGGUUCAAUAGCUCGAACUUCUUCGUCUCGGCCUGGAAAGGUUGUUAAGCAUAAACGAACUUGGUCGGUUGACUCUGAAGCAGAAGGCACUAAAGUCUCGGCGGAAGAGGACCUUCAGAUGAAGCUUGUGAGCAUGCAAGACAUGUUCUCCUCGACACAACCCGUGAGCGUUUUAUUCCUACGUGGCGACCCCGAAGAUGAUCCAGAUCUCCAUCCCGUCAAGCUAUCAGGAGACGACCCAGAGAUGAAAGAGCUUGUACGCACGACAACUUGGGAAUCAAGACAAAGCGCGUCCGAUUCUCCUAAUUCAAAUGCCGUGUCACCAUCUCCAAGUUCCGCGUCCCAGAACACUCCUAAGCGCAAGUUUUCCGAAAUCCGGAAAUCGACCAUAUUAGAAGAGCAAGAAAGCGAGAGUGAUCCAGGACCCACAGCAAUGGCUUCUUCUUCUUCCCGACCCGUCAAGAUCGCCAAAACGGAGGUGGAGGCCAAACCUGACCUUUUCGCCGUGGAUGUCGAUAGCAGCUAUCAACCCCCAGUGGAGAGGCCCAUCAAACCAGGUGAGUCACGAGAAAACAAGUUGAAAGGUGAAGCUAAUCAUUUCUUAGUUGCUUGCUUCUACGUGCGACAAAAAGACUCCGCCAAAGAAUACUAUCGCGCGGUUUACCUGAUGAACCGAACGGUCAGGGAUCUUGUCAACAGUAUAUCCCAAAAAUUCGAGAUUGAUCCUCACCGCGUCACGCAAGUGACACAUGUUAACUCCCGUGGUCUGCACAUCAUCGUUGAUGAAGACGUGGUGCGAGAAUUACCAGAAGGGCAAGACAUGAUUGUGGAGUUGUCACCAGUACAACAUGACCAUCCAGUAAAACAAGAAUUCAUGCAGCCAGCAGCCAUGGAAGUCAUGGUUGAUGGUGACAUCCUCCCCUCGGAAAUUGUCAUCUCAGAUCCCUUGGAGAUGUGGCUGAAUUAUUGA